GCCGCGUCAAGACUACUGCAACUCACCAUCUUGUCUGCAACACUAAGAAGUAUCGAAUUCGCCAAGUCGGAACUUGGACCGGCUUGCUUAAGCUCGGCAUGGAUGCUCUGAACAUGAACACGCCAUUUUCUUACCCACUCCAUUUUUGUAAUUUGCGUCUUACUCAACCAGAAACCAUGUGGUGUUGGCCAUGUACGCCAACUCAUCUUCCUGUAAUAUGCCGUCUUAUUCGCCUGGUCAGAUAUCGUUCAUGAGCCUGCCGAUGAACUCUGUAUCAAGUCUUCUCCUAGAAUCCUAGUUUAUAUAGCCACGUGGGUCCCACGAUGCCUUAUUGCUAAAGCAGUCGUUGAUCUCUUCAAAGGUCGAGCAAAUUGACCCGGUGAUUCUUCAAACUGGGACCAACAUCAUUUCGAAAUUCCUAGCUGUCAAUAAUUCCCACCGGCCCUGGGCCAUGGUUCAGUGGCAAUUUGUUUCGAUAUGCGUUUCCCUGGCACUUUACGCGAAUGCCGCCCCAACAUGGCCGUCCACUAUGGACGAGCUUGAGGAUAUCAUGUUUCUCAACACUGGCUAUCGAGCUAAAGGGUUCUCAACUGAAGUCACACCCUGUUCGUUCUCGUCCAAAGGUCCUGGCCGUAUUACUGCCGCCGAAUGGAUCCGGACUGCAUUUCACGACAUGAUUGCUGGUGUCGUUUCUUCCACUGCUGGGGGUAUGGACGCUUCAAUCAUGUACGAAACGAAGGCCUUGGAGAACAUUGGGACCGCUUUCAACUCGUCUCUCCUCAACUUCGCGCCAUUCUUCUCUAGCAGAUCUUCCAUGGCUGAUCUGAUUGCCAUGGGCAUGUACACCGCUGUUCGUUCCUGUGGUGGCCCGGUCAUACCAAUACGAACCGGCAGAAUUGAUGCUACGAGAUCUGGUGCCACAGCUUUUGUACCACAACCUCAGAACUCUGUUGGCACUUUUCAGAACCAGUUCAAUCGCGUUGGCUUCAACCUUUCCGACAUGAUUGCUGUCACAGCCUGUGGUCAUACGACUGGUGGAGUACAUGCAGCCUUCUUUCCGGAGAUUGUGCCAGCCGGAACAGCUCCUGACGAUUUUGCUCAGUUCGACAAGACUGCCACCUUCGACACGAAAAUUGCCACUGAUUUCCUCGCAAAUAACAGCACUGAUCCUCUCGUCGUGGGGCCUUCGACCAAGAACACCAGGGAUUCAGAUGGGCGAAUAUUUAAAGCCGACAACAAUGUAACCAUCACCUCGCUGACCAAUCCUGACACAUUUCGAUCAACCUGCGCCAGGGUCUUGCAGAAGUUGAUUGAUGUUGUUCCAACAAGUGUUAGGCUCACAGAUCCACUCAUACCCUAUGAGGCCAAGCCUAUAGCAUUACAGCUACGCUUGCUAGAUGGUGGCUCGAGUAUGGCUUUCACAGGAGAGAUUCGCAUUCGGACAACAACUCGGUCUGCGGCUCAAAUAGCGAGCGUACAAUUGGUUUACAGGGAUCGUACUGGCGGGAACGUAUGCGGAGCUUGUACUAUCGAUGCUUCGACCGAAGCUGGGAGAGCUAAUGGCUUCGAUGACUCCUUUUCCUUUUUCAGUUUUGCAAGCCAAAUCCAGGCAAAUUCAUCGAUUUCAAGCUUCAAUAUCGCUGUUACAAGAACGGAUGGACAGCAGGAGAUUUUCGACAACAAUGGCGCCGGAUAUCCCGUGCAAGACUCUAUCAUAUUGCAAAGUCCUCAAAGUUGCAUCAAAGACAGCGCAAGCCCUGACAAGAAGAACAUGACUAUUGUAGCAGCCGUCCGUGACGAAACAGCUACUCUGCCUGUGAACACAUCCCUCGUCUUCAAGGUUGCGCGACGGAACGUGCCCAUCGAUAUCCCAGCUCUUUCGGUUGAAUCUUACACCAUGAGCAAACAGUACACUGUUGGUCCAUACAGCCUCUAUGCCUUAGCAUAUGCUUUGAACACCAGCCAGGCUCUCAACACAGUCUUUAAUGUGUCAGCGGGAGCUGGUGCCAGUCGGUUGACCGAUGCAUUCAAGCUGACCAGUGAUCUGCCCAGCGAAUGCUGUUAUCAUCACGCCGCACCGACCCCUACGCCCACAUUCGCAUCCAACUACCAAGGCUGCUACAUUGACUCGGUCAGUGGUCGCGCCCUCAACGGGUCCGCUACGAAUGAUCACUUGACCCUGACCCUCGCUAAUUGCGCUACUUUCUGCUCCGAGUAUAGCUUCUAUGGCCUCGAAUAUACGUAUCAAUGCUUUUGUGGCAACACGCUUAACUCAGUACUCGCUCCCGAGUACGAUUGCAACAUGCCUUGCUCCGGCGAUGAUAAAGAGAUUUGCGGUGGCCCUGACCGCCUCUCAGUAUACCAGAACGAGGCAUAUAUCGCACCAGCCAAUCCACCGAUUGAAGGGUAUGAGUAUAAGGCGUGCUAUGUUGACAUGAGAAGUGCGCGCGUGUUAGGCCCAGUUGUGAUAAGCGACGAUACGGGCUUGACGGUGGGCGAGUGCAAGGACUACUGUAAUGGGUCUAGGUAUUUUGGUACGGAGUAUGGGCGGGAAUGUUGGUGCGGUAAUGAAUUGGGCCCGUCCGCGACUGUUGCACCGGAAUCUGAUUGCUUCACAAGGUGUGCGGGAGAUAGAGCAACUCUUUGCGGCGCGCCGGAUCGGUUGAGUUUGUAUCAGUGGGUGGAUGCAAAGGCAUCACGAGACAGAUAG